CAGUAAUAGAUAUAAUAUUAGUAAUAUAGAGAAAUUCUAAAUAACAUCAUUCUUUUUCUUCAAGUGAAAAUAUUCUAAUUCGUACGAUUUUCGAGCACACCCCAUAUAGCCGAGUAAUGUAUUAUAUAUCUUGUUCUUCGUAUGUACAAAACAUAGACAAUUUUUCCGGGAAAAACGCUUUAAUGCGACUAUUGCGAUCGACGAUAUAUUUCGGGAGCGCUUCGCGUUUCAAAAUUGACCGUCAAUGCGUGUCGCGUCGUCGCUCUUAGUUUUUCAAUCGGAUGAUUCGAUGUUGACGAGAUCCAAAUCUGGCGAUUCUGAUAUACAAUUCUAUAAUGGCGACGUGACCAUCAUGCGCCGAUUUUCCUGAGUCACGAUUCAAAAUUUCCGUGAAUUCUUCGCGAAUCUUUCACGAGUUUAGGUUACACUAUAUUAAUGCACCUGCUCGUCGUUCCUAGCGACGAUGCUUGGUGCUUGCUGAAUUAUCGAGUCUAGUGCAUACAUGCAGAUGUUACUGCAACGAGGCUAACGGAUUCAAGCUUUAAUUUAUUUUCAAGGGACAAUUUUUGUUUAUACGAGCAUCAUGAAUACAUUGUGGAAAACCUGGCAACCCAUCAAGAAAGAACCGACAGCUCCCGCUAUAAUGAAGAGUUUAGACAACAGUUUAGAUGAUUUUGAUAAGCUGCCUGAAUUUAAUCCCAAGCUAUUUUUUGUAGACAAAAACUCCCUGAUGGACUCUUGCAUGAAAUGUCACAAUAAUAAUAACAAGAGUUUCUUGUUAUUGGAUGGACGAGAAAAUCUGCAAGUCUCCGAUGCUGAAGAGUUCCUGAAAAAAUUGAGUUGUAUCAAAGAGAACACUAAAGUGAAAGUGGUUUCAAUAUUUGGAAAUACAGGUGACGGAAAAAGUCACACCAUGAAUCAAGUAUUUUUUAAGGGUGAGGAAGUAUUUCAAACAUCAAACGAACAGGAUUGUUGUACAUUAGGCGUUUGGGCGGCGUUUGAUCCGAUUCUGAAUGUUAUUUGUUUGGAUACAGAAGGUUUACAAGGUAUUACAAAUUGUGAAAACAAACAUACAAGAUUGUUACUCAAAGUACUCGCAGUAUCUGAUAUUGUGGUUUAUGGAAUCUAUUCAGAAAGGCUGAACAGGGACUUAUUCACAUUUCUGGGUGCUGCGUCCCGUGCUUAUAGUUAUCAUUUCAAAGCUGCUUUACAAAUGAUAGGGCAGCAAGAGGGAAUCUCUAACUCACUGAGCACACUUGGACCAAGUAUUAUAGUGCUGCACGAAACUAGGCACACCAUACCUUUGACCAACAAUGGAUCGGAAAGUGCAGAAGACAUCUUGAGAGCUAGAUUUACACAAAUGAACCUUGGAAUUGACGCUUUCAACUCUAUCAAAUAUGUUGGACUGCAGAUGGUAAACGGUAUAACGGAUUACGGACAACUGCGAUCCGCGAUUGAGAUCGAAUUGAAUAAUACGACAGUCCGUUCAGCCAGAAAGCCGCAUCUAGUAUAUAAUACGCUUAAGAGUUUAAACGAUCGGUUUUCUAGCGAGAUAUUAAAUUUAUCCGACUCUUUAUUCCCAUACCAGUACUUUACUUGCCCUGUUAAAUGUUUGAGUUGUGAUAACGGAUGUAACAAUAGUAUGGGACACCUUCGCGAAGGAAAAUCGCACAGUAGUAAUGCCAGGUGCAAAUUCCAAUGUCAGUAUGAAAACUCGAUAUACAUAUGCAAGAGAUGUUAUAGGAAUGGAAAUGAAAUUGAAGUAACCAGAGAGUAUCAAGAGGAUGAUCAGUAUAGCUGGUAUAGCUUCGCGAAAAGUGCCUGGUCAGGAUACAUUAUAAACUGUCCACACUGUGGAGAAGUAUACAGAAGCAGACAAUACUGGUAUGGCAAUAAUUCAGAGGAUGUUGCUAUUCGCAAAAAGAUCACACACGUAUGGAAUAUGCCAAAUCGUUCUAUAGCGUCUCAAAAUACAGCGCAACGGGUUAUCGAUAGUGUUUCGUACAUCACCGAAGCGGUAACGAAUGUCUCUCUGCAACCUACGAAAGCGCUGAAAGCCUGGGCCGCGGAUCAAGUGGCACCGUCGUAUUGGCGACCAAACUGCGAGAUAAAAUACUGCUAUCAAUGCAAAAUCUUGUUUAGUCCGACAGACGACAAACACCAUUGUCGUGAUUGCGGAGAGGGUUUCUGCGCGCAGUGUUCGUCAAAAACGAAAUGCGUGCCUAACAGAAAUUGGUAUUCACCCGUUCGUGUCUGCGACACGUGCUACGAGAAGGAAACUAAUUAUUCUAGUGACGAUUCCCUCGAUCCUCCUAUCGAGGACGUUGGCGUUCGAAAGGUGACGGAACACGUUGUAUCAACGCUCAAUGUCGUCGGAACUGUCUUGAAUUAUUCCAAAUCAUUCAUAAAAGAUUCCGUUCGACCGUCUUAUUGGAUACCUGAUUCGGAAGUUGUCAAUUGUUGCGUAUGCGAUCGAAAGUUUUCCGAUACGCUUCUUUUACAUCACUGCAGGGCUUGCGGACGUGGCGUGUGUCAAGAAUGUUCGCAACAUCGUACACCUGUACCUCACAGAGGCUGGCAACAUCCUGUUAGGGUAUGCAAUGCCUGUGUCUGAAAUUGACUGAAAGUAUACUUCUCAGAGAUUAAAAUCCCAAAAUAUAGAUCUCACAAUCAGAGGAAUCCUGGAGGUUUGCAAAAUGAAAUAAACGCUUAUUUCACAUAUACAAUCGCUUUUGUACGAUGUACAAAAGCUCUGUAUUGAUUUAAUUGUGAUUAUAGAAUAUAUUUAUUUGACUAAAGAUUUACAAUCAGCCAUAGAUUUUUGGACAAAUUUUUUUAACAUGUAAUAAAAAUUUUAAUUUUUUAAACUU